AUGGCUAAUUUCUCGGCCAUUAGCGACUAUACAGCUACUAUAGUUAAUCUGUUAACUCCGUGGGAUAUUAUUACAUUGUCGCUACUUUGGGUCGGUCUUGUAGUCGUUUACCGCAUAUGGUUUGGACCACUUGCAAGCUUUCCUGGUCCUAAAUUGGCUGCUUUAACAGGAUGGUAUGAGACGUAUUUCGAAUGUGUACAAAGAGGGAGAUACUGGGUUGAGAUCGAGCGGAUGCACGAGCAAUACGGUCCAAUUGUUCGCAUUAGUCCCUGGGAGUUACAUGUGAACGACCCAGAUUGGAAUGAGCCAUAUAAAGUAGGCUCCCGCGUCGACAAAUAUCACUGGUACUACAAGUUCGUUGGUUCCUCGGAUGCAGCAUUCGGGACGUCUGAUCACGAAAAGCAUCGGAUUCGACGAAAGGCUCAGCAGGGUUAUUUUACCUUGGGUGCUGUUGCGAAAUUUGAACCUGUACUAGCCAACAUCACAGGAAAACUUUGCCAAAGACUACAAGAGUUCAAAGAAACCCGCCAACCCGUCAAUCUGUCAAACGUUUUUCGAUCGCUAGCCACAGAUGUCGUUACGGAAUUCUCAUUUCACAAGUCGUAUGGCUUGUUGGAACAACCCGACUUUGCCGCGGCGUUCCACAAGACGCUUCGAGACUUUCCUGAAAUAGGACUGUGGCACCGACACUUCGGCAUCAUCUUAGAUCUGAUGGAUCUAAUGCCUCGCUGGCUGGAUAUUGGGGUUCGAACGAAGGAGAUUGUCGCUGCGUACAUGCGAGGAGGUACUAAGCAAAGUUCCGACGCACAGGUCUACGAAAGAUCCAAUGUGAUACAUCAAAUGCUCGACUCCCCAGAGUUACCAGUAAAAGAUAAGACGGAGUUCCGUCUGGCUUUGGAAGUUCGAACCUUUGUUGGUGCCGGUACAGAAACCACGGGUAAUACAUUAGUUGUUAUGACUUAUCAUCUACUGGCGAACCCGGACAUGGCGAUGAAAUUGAAGAUGGAAUUGAGGGCGGCCCAGCGAGCGAGCUUGAAGCCUUUGACCUACCAACAGCUUGCUAAGCUUUCCUAUCUAUCCUCCGUUAUUCUUGAGGGACAUCGAUACAAAGAUCAACAUAUUCCAAUCAAUACCCCAGUUUCGACAACUCAACGACUCACUCAUUACAACGCUGACAUAUUCCCAAAACCGAAUUCCUUUCUUCCAGAGCGAUGGAUGGAUCCCAGUGACCGAAGACGUCUUGAAAGAUAUGUUCAACCCUUUGGAAAAGGUAGUCGUUCAUGUGUUGGUGUUCACCUCGCCUCAUCAGAACUUUACGUCGCAAUUGCGAAAGUUUUCAUGGAGCUUGAACUUGAAUUAUUUGACACGUUUGAAGAUGAUAUAGUGCAAGUGCAUGACUUCUUCAGUCCAUUCCCUGCAAGUGAAAAGGGAUUGAGGGUUUUGGUCCAGUAG